AUGUAUUAUUUUUUAUACAUAUUUGUUUUUUUAUUUUUUGUUGCUAUCAGUUUAAAUUUAUCAUUUUUUAAUGGUAAAUUUAUAUUCAAAGAAGACAGCUGGGUAAACCUCUACAGCCAAUAUUGGGAAGGUCAGAUAUACCAAAAACAAGAACAAUUUCAACAACUUCAACAACUCCAACAAAACCAACAGAACCAACAGAACCAACAGAACCAACAAAAGAAACAAGAAUUGAAUCAAGAGGAUGAUGAAAAUUUUUUAGCAAAACCUAAAAAAGUUAUUUUCAAACCAGAAGAGUUACAUCCAUUAAUGAAAUGGAAAUCGAUUACAAAUAUUGGAGCAGGUUUAUAUAAUAUUGGUAAUACAUGUUUUAUGAACUCAAUUAUUCAAUGCCUCACUUAUUCAUCAACAUUAGCAAAUUAUAUGAUCUCACGUGAACAUAGUAAAAACUGUACCAAUAAAAGUUUCUGUAUUUUCUGCUCAUUAGAAGAUCACAUUAUUAUCAGUCACAGAGAAACUGGUAAAUCUAUAACUCCAAUAGUAAUUGCUAAAAAUAUAGAAAAGGUUGCACCAACAUUUAGAAUUGGUCGUCAAGAAGAUUCCCACGAAUUUUUUUGUUUUGUAAUCGAUUCUCUUCAAAAGGUUUGUCUCUCUAAAUUUCCAAAGGGUACAAUUAGUCCACGUGAUUCAAUGACAACAAUAAUUGGUUCUAUUUUUGGAGGUUAUCUUAGAAGCCAACUCAAAUGCUCUGUUUGCCAAUAUGAAUCUAAUAAAUUCGACGAAUUUAUGGAUUUAAGUAUAGAUAUUAAUCAAGCAGAUUCAUUAACUAAAGGACUUCAAAAUUUUGUAAAACCAGAAAUUCUUGAUGGUGAAAAUGGUUACAAAUGUGCAAAAUGUAAAAAGUUGGUUAAAGCAGAAAAAAGUUUACAAAUUGAAAUCUCACCUCCAAUUUUAACAGUCCAAAUUAAACGUUUUUCAUUUUUAGACUCCUAUGGUGGUAAAGAUAAUAAACAUAUUCAAUUUGGUCAAACUUUAGACCUUUCACCAUAUAUGACCCAAACAAAUGAUCAUUCAAUCUAUGAUUUAUAUGCAGUAUUGGUUCAUUUAGGUGAUAGCACAAAUUCAGGUCAUUAUUAUUGUUAUGUUAAAGGUACAAAUGGAGUUUGGUAUAAAAUGGAUGACUCAAUGGUUUCACAAGUUAGUUUAAAAUCUGUUUUACGUUCAAAGGCCUAUAUGUUAUUCUAUUCAAAGAGAGAUACUGUAAAAUCCAUCAAUACAAACACAAAUUCAGUUAUCCAAAAAAAUACACUAGGUCUAAAGAGAAAAUUAGAAGAUGUAGUAAGUGAACUACCAAAACAAGAUAUUAAAAAACAAAUUAAAAUUAGUGAAACUGAAAAGAAACCAAUUGUUGAAGAUAAGAAAUCACCAGUAUUAAAUGGUUCUAAGCUAACUAACAGAGAUGCAUCAGUAAAAGUUAAAUCAAAUCCAGUUAACACAAACACAGUUAUCUCUAGAAAUACAGUUUGUCAAAAGAGAAAAUUAGAAGAAGAUAGUGAACUACCAAAACAAGAUUUUAAAAAACAAUUUAAAAUUAGUGAAACCAAUUGUUGA